UGCUCUGAUGAAUGGGCCGUGUCUUUUUCUUCCCUAGUUUCCACAGCCGCAAGGCCCGCCGCAACCCUACUCUGCAACCAUUAUACCAGAGCUUCGAGUUCGAGGGUCCCCGGAGGACUUCCCAAGCCAGUUUCCAGGUCGACGGACGGUCCUGGAACCACCCUGGUUUUUAAAUACGUCUGCAAGGACGAAGAUUGGUACGGCAAGAUCAGCCGGACUCGCUGCAGUGUGGCAAGGUUCUUGUUUGCCGAAGCCCUCCUGGCGCACCUCGUUCCACCAGACAACUUGGAAAGCCGCCUUCAAAAAACAGGGACUGUGUAUUCCCAUUCCAUUGAGUCCCACACCACAGACAAACACGGGUUAUAAUGUUUACGAAUGAUCGGAGGCAAGAAGAGCGAACUGGAAGAUCUGGAACUCCGAGGCUGCAAUACCUUCAGGAGUUGGUGACUCGAUUUCAGAGUACAACUGACGAUGAAGAGGCAAAAGAGAAAAUUGUUGCUAAUUUGGCAAACUUUGCUUAUGAUCCUUACAACUAUGCCUUUUUGCGCCAGCUCAAUGUGUUGGAAUUGUUUGUGGACUGCAUAACCGAACCAAAUGAGAAGCUGGUGGAAUUUGGUGUAGGAGGGAUAUGCAAUUGUUGUGCUGAUCCGGCAAAUGCUGCAAUUAUCGCUCAAUGUGGAGGAAUCUCUCUUGUUAUUCAAUGUUUAUCAAGUCCAGUCAGAAACACUGUGAAUUAUGCAAUUGGAUCCCUAUAUUAUCUAUGCAACGCACCUAACAAGAAGGAGAUUAUAAAGCCAGAGGUGGUUGAUGUCAUGAAGAGAUAUGCUGCAGCUGAAGCAGUAAAUGUCAGUUUCAGUAAUCUGGCCAAGGCAUUUUUGGACAAACAUGUUUCUGAAAACAACUUGAAGGCAAAGUAGUUUUUGUUAUUAGACUAAGUUGGUUCCAGCAUCUUUAUCUAAGGACUUGUAUGUUUUUUUUUUUACUGUGGAACAUAUUAAGCAAUACCCCCUUGAACUUUAGCCAUGUCGCCGUGUCUGAAAUGGUUCUUGAGUUUAUUUACUCUUUCCCGGAAGAUGUUCAUUUUGUUUUUAAAAAUGUUUCUGAGAAGAGUGCACAAUAAAGAAUUCGUAUUUGAUCCAUGUAUUGGCCAAAAGUACCUGGUCCUUCACUUUGUUCCUCUCAUCCAAAUCAGGAAUCCCACUGUUGACGACGAAGGCAAGGACGAGAUAUUCUUCCACUCUCUUUAGGAUCCACUGGACUUGGUUCUCGGAACACCUACAACAACGAUUCCACCAAUAAGAAGAGAAGAAAUUUGCAGGCGAGAACAAGGAAAAUAGGACCAAAAGAAGAUUAGGGGUAAACAAUGAUUCAAUCAUACACAGAGACAAACACAAAAUAUGAGUUGAAGUGAUGAUGAAUUGCUCGAUAACCAUGCAUUGAUGUUAACUUAUGAUUUUGAAUAUCUCGAGAAAUAUCACUAGCAUCGUAGAUUGUAUAUUUUGACAUGUUCUUGUGAUUUUUGUUUGGUUAUUUGUGGCACCAAUACAAAUUUGUGUCAUUGACAAGAAGUACUAUGUACGUAUAUAUCGACAGUGUCGACACUAUCUAGUUUUUGCCAUAUA